CCCACCUCCAUCUAACGAUAAGGUGCUUAGCCGCACCAUGCUUGACGGGGCGUGGGCGUUGGAGCUAAAACCCGUCCGUCCCAUGGGCUGCUCAUCCCGGCCAAUCGACCAAGGGCCAUGCCUUGCUUGUGAAGGAGAGACAUUGGCGGGUGGCCACUCAGCAGACGAUGUUUCGUUCCUGAUCGUAGCAUUUGACGCAGUGAGUGGGAUAGAGGAGACAAGAAAACAAAACGGCGACUCGCUCCAAGUUCCCAAGUCCCAAGGUUGCAACCAGGGCCGCCAACCAGUCAGGGCCGCCGAGAUGCCCUCGACUUUUCCAGUCGUUGAGAUGGCGGAGGACAACGAUGUUCGCCUGUGGAACCGCGGGCUGCCACCGAACGGUUCCAUUCAGCAGGCUAAAUAA